GUGACAUCAGGCUGAGUGCGGCCCCGGAGCGGCGGCGGAGCGGGAGCGGGAGCGGGCUGGGGAAUCCUGAACCAGAUGGCACAGGUUUACGGUGAGGGGGAGAGAUUUAAUAGGAAGCUGAGGGGCGACUUCCUCACACAGAGGGAGAUCCCACGAGGGAACCGACCAAAGUCCUGGAAUCAUGGGCAGAAUUUUCUUGGACCACAUUGGGGGCACCCGCCUCUUCUCCUGCGCCAAUUGCGAUACCAUCCUCACCAACCGCUCUGAGCUCAUCUCCACACGCUUCACCGGAGCCACAGGGAGAGCCUUCCUCUUCAACAAGGUGGUGAACCUCCAGUACAGCGAGGUGCAGGACCGGGUGAUGCUGACUGGGCGACACAUGGUGAGGGACGUCAGCUGCAAGAACUGCAACAGUAAGCUGGGCUGGAUCUACGAGUUUGCGACGGAAGACAGUCAGCGCUACAAGGAGGGCCGGGUGAUCCUGGAGAGAGCCCUGGUGCGGGAGAGCGAGGGUUUCGAAGAGCACGUUCCCUCCGACACCUCCUGAGGGGACCCUUCCUUUCCACAGCUCUUUCUCUUCUGUUUCCUCGCUUGAAAGAAGAAAGAAAUACUUUUUAUUUAAAAAGCAGUUCUCUUUCUCUGUGUACAGUGUCAGCUUGGCACGCAGUCUGACGUUGUGUUGUAAUGUCUCUGUGCACUUGCAGCGUUACCGGUCGGCAGACUUGCCUCUGUAUUGCCCCCAUUUCUUUUAUUUAAUUUUUAGUAUAUUUCUCUCGCUGCCUGUGACGUGCUGGGUACCAGCUCGCCUGAGCUUGUAAAUCUGCCCUGUGUGACCUGGGAGGAGGGUUAGGGUGGGGGCGGGGGGUGCAGUGCAGGAGCAAGCUUAGUUCUGUGCAGAGGUGCUGUGGACUGAGGGGAGAUGUGGUGUGAGGUGGGAGCUCCUCACUGCCGAGGUUAAGGGUGGGGGUCCAGUCCAAGGCAGUCCACACUGCCCUUGGUCACCUCUGCAGGGGGAGAGGGGAGGAGAUUGGAAGAUUACUGGUGUCCUCCUCUGUGUAAUGUGUCGAGAAUAAUUUAAUAAACGGAGAAUGUCA